AUGGAUUCUGAAGGGUCAAGUGCUCUUGACAAGCAGCUCAUGACCGACUUAUUUUCCACAUCAAAGUCCGAGUCACAGAAGGAUUCUCCGGAAGAGCAGGAUGCAGUGGUAUCACGGGUGGUGGCGGUUGAGCCGCCUUCGAUCUCUGAUGCCGAUGAGUAUGAGUGGCUCCCUGGCCACUUCGAUAUGCCAUCCUCGCGACUUGAGACCCUCGAUAAUGGCCCUGAAGCUUUGGCUCGAUUCCAGAACGCUGAAGAAACCUACAGCAUUUUGUCUGCUUCUGAACCGACAGCGCCUUCCUCUAGCGAGGAAUUGGAGUCCUCAGAGGAUGAAUCGCGUGCGAGCAGGAGGCGCUCCACCAGAGCAAAGAACACUCGUUUUACAAGCUUUUUUGACAGGAUGGGGAGCGAUAUGGGGCUGUCUGACGACGAAUCUAGUGACGAUGUCAUCUCCUCUGCCGCACCGAAGAAGCGGCGGUUGAGGCGCGGUCGGCCUCGAAAAUCCCUAUCGAGCACCCCAGACAUCGACGGAGGUUACGCCCCAAAGGGGACACGGUUCUCGACUAGACAGCGCAAAACCCUUCGAGGCAACUUGCGCGAAAGAUUUGAAGACGACAUAUCCGAAAAUGAAGAGUCCUCAAGGACAACCAAGUUCUUCGGCGCGAGGGAAGUCUUCCGCAGAAUACCACAUAAAGAUGCCUUCAGACAACGCCAUCGAAGCACAUGUGAAGUUUGCUAUGGCCAGGGGGAUGACUACAAUGCAAAGGGACCCUUGGUCUUUUGUCAGGGAUGCACCAGUGCUUUCCACCAGCAAUGUCUUGGGCCUCGAGCAACUCGCGAGCACCUUGUUACCAAGGUUGCUGACGACUUGUUUCUCCUACAAUGCCGUCGCUGUCUCGGUGUUGGUCAUAAAAAAGACUCUUCUUCGCCUCAUCAGGGCUUCUGUGCCGUCUGCAAUGUCAAAGGGAACAUGUCUGAGCCCCUUCGAGAGCGUCUAACUCCGAAACAAGAGCAACAGCUGCGUCAGGACAAUGGGGGAAGCGACCCAGCCACACAAGUAGACAGUGACCGUAUUAACAACGUCGACAACCUACUCUUCCGCUGCAUUGGCUGUCAUCGGGCCUUUCACUUCGAACAUUGUCCUGACCCGUACGAGUCCACGUGGCAAUGUCAAGACUGCUCCUCGGCCCCGGGUGAAGUCGCGGCCAUGGUUGCUUGGCGCCCAAGUGAUCCCAAGAAUUUCACUCCUGGAUCUAUUGCAGAAGACAUCCCGGAGUCACAGAAAGAAUACCUCAUUAAGUGGAAGGAUAUGUCUUAUAGGCAGACAACGUGGAUGCCUGGAACUUGGGUUUUUGGAGUUGUAAAAGGGGCCAUGCGCCGCGCCUUCUACAGGUCAGAGAAGAGCGACGCCCCACGAAUGACUAAGGAAGAGGCUGUUCCCGAUAGCUUCUUGCGAGUGGAUAUUGUUUUUGAUGUGCAGUAUUCAGAUGAUGACGGCUCCCAUGAGAGCUAUGAAGCCGACCUAGCGCGGAUUGACCAAGUCGCCAAGGCCUUUGUGAAGUUCAAAGGCUUACCGUACGAGGAGUCCGUGUGGGAGGAGCCACCGGAUCCUAACGACACGGAGAGAUGGAGUGAUUUCAAGGCCGCCUACGAAGAUUUUGUUCGUAGGGAUUAUGUCUCUACCCCUGCCGCUGAUUCGCUGAAAAAGCACCUCUCCCUGGUCAGGAAGCAAAACUUCAAGAAGAACCUAGCCAGGGAUAGCCAGCCGGACAUAAUGACGGGCGGCGAAAUCAUGGAUUAUCAGAAAGAUGGCAUGAACUGGCUGUACUACAUGUGGUACAAACAGCAGAAUGCAAUUCUUGCGGACGAGAUGGGCCUGGGGAAGACCAUACAAGUUAUUGGCCUGUUUGCAACUCUGAUCCAGGACCAUAAGUGCUGGCCUUUCCUUGUCGUCGUGCCGAAUUCCACAUGCCCCAAUUGGCGAAAGGAGAUCAAACAAUGGGUGCCUUCGAUUCGUGUGGUUACCUAUUACGGUUCAUCGACCGCACGGAAACUCGCUCAGGAAUACGAGAUGUUUGCGGACGGGGACUCUGAUCUGAGAUGUCACGUCGUCGUGACUUCAUAUGAGACCAUGGUUGACGAUGCUUCACGCAGAGUAUUGUCCAGGAUCCCUUGGGCGGGUCUCAUCGUUGAUGAAGGUCAACGCCUGAAGAACGACAAAUCCCAACUGUACGAAGCACUAUCUCGGAUCAAAUUCCCGUUUAAAAUCUUGCUCACUGGCACGCCUUUGCAAAAUAAUACGAGAGAACUUUUCAACCUUCUCCAAUUUUGCGACCCCACAAUGAAGGCAGAGGAGCUAGAGGAAGAAUACGGGGUAUUAUCGAAAGAAAAUAUCCCCGAGUUGCAUAAUAUGAUCCGGCCGUUUUUCCUACGGCGUACGAAGGCGCAGGUCCUCACAUUUCUGCCCCCGGUGGUUCAAAUCAUCGUCCCCGUCUCGAUGUCUGUGGUUCAGAAAAAGCUUUAUAAAUCCAUCUUGGCCAAGAACCCACUGUUGAUAAAGGCCAUUUUCCAGAGAAGCGGAACAGAGCUGAAGCAAGCGGAGCGCCAUAAUCUGAACAACAUACUUAUGCAGCUGCGCAAAUGCUUGUGUCAUCCGUUCGUUUAUAGCGAGGCUAUCGAAGAACGGACCGGUGAUCCUGCUGCUUCAUUUCGACGUUUGGUAGACGCAGCCGGCAAAUUGAAAUUAUUGGAAUUGAUGCUUCCGAAGCUCCAUCAGCGGGGAAACAGGGUGCUUAUCUUCAGCCAGUUUUUGGACAACCUCAACAUUAUUGAAGAUUUUCUCGAUGGACUCGGUUUACGGCAUCGCCGUCUUGAUGGAAGGAUGACCUCCCUCGAAAAACAAAAGAUGAUCGACGAAUACAAUGCCGAGGAUUCGCCAUACUUUGCCUUUCUGUUGUCCACCAGAUCAGGAGGUGUCGGCAUUAAUCUGGCCACUGCAGACACCGUGAUCAUCAUGGAUCCUGAUUUCAAUCCGCACCAGGAUAUGCAGGCGUUGUCUCGUGCUCACCGCAUUGGACAGAAAAACAAAGUCCUAGUCUUCCAGCUUAUGACCCGCGGCAGCGCGGAAGAAAAGAUCAUGCAGAUCGGCAAGAAGAAGAUGGUCCUUGACCACGUGCUUAUCGACCGCAUGGUCUCCGAUGAAGACGAUGGACGAGAUCUAGAAUCGAUUCUGCGCCAUGGAGCUCAGGCGCUAUUUGACGAUGACGAUUCGGGAGAUGUACAUUACGACUCUGAGUCAGUAGACAAACUCCUCGACCGCAGUCAAGCAGAACAAGCCAAGUCAUUGGAUGAGAAUUCAGAAUCCCACUUCAGUUUCGCUCGUGUGUGGGCGAACGACAAUCUCGAUGAUAACCUGCAAGGUGCUGAAGAAGACUCGGGACGCGACGCUAACCCGUCUAUCUGGGAGAAGAUUCUUAAAGAGCGAGAACAAGCAGCAGCCGAGGAGGCGAGAAGAAAGGCAGAGACGUUGGGGCGUGGGAAGCGAAAGAGGGCGACCGUUACCUACGUGAGUAAUGAUACGGAAGUAUCCCCUCAGAAGGUUCAACGUAAUGCGGAGAGCGACACCGAGUUCAGAGCCGCCGAUGCACCUGAGUCCGAAUCUGAAUCUGAUGGUGGUAUAUCUAUGGCUUCUGGCGAUUUGGAGCGGCCAGCCAAGAGGUCAAAAGAUGCAGUCCAACCCUUCCAACGUGCUCAAGCCGAUGAAGACCUCCUGCUCUCCGUCCCCGAUCGAGGUCCUGGGAUUGUGGAUGGACAUAAUGAGGAUCGUCCGGCCUGCAUUGCGUGUAAUCAGCAGCACGCUGUUGGCUCUUGCCCGUUGAAAAAGGCUGGAGCCGAGCAUUGCGGUCUCUGUGGACUGGCGCACUUUGGGAUCUCACGCACUUGCCCACAUUUAAGAUCCGCAACCCAAGUGGCUGUGAUGCUGCAUGCUCUAAAGUCCAGCAAUGAAGAUCCUCGGCUUGUUGAGGAGGCUAGAAAGUAUCUGCGCGGUAUUCGCGGUGAUCUGAGUCAAAGGCAGCGGAAGCAGCAAGCUCGCAUGUCUGGCAUGGGCACCUCUCCUGUUCCUCCUGUGGGUCCCACUGUCCCGACUACCGCCAUGGCUCCUACGCUUUCUCGGUCUCCUGCCGUUCAAAAUCCUGCGGUUGCUAGGGCUCCCAGUGCUGUCGGGUAUCCUACUUCAAUUCCUAGUUCUGAUGGGCGCCAUGGUACGGACAGCAUCCCUAGAUCUUCGGAGGUCACUCGACCUGCCAUCUCACCUCUGGCUGGUAUAGCUCCCAAUGCUGUCGGGGCUUUUGGUGCCGCUGGUCCUGCCCCUGCAGGAUCGGGUCUUAUUGGGCUUCCGGGUUCUGAACCGCCAACCAUGGGAAGAAGUGUGCAGGCGGAGUUUGAUGCGAUGGUGCGGCAAAUUCGGGGGCCGAAAUACGGAUAUUUCCCACCGAAUCCUUUUGGAUCUUGA